ACAUCUUCGAGGUGAGGGAACAGAGCGGCCUUGGAAUUAGUUGCUGAGGAGGAAGUUGAAAGAAAGGCUAACGGAGGAUAACAAAGUACUAAGAUAAAACGUUAAAAAACCGAAACAAAUCCACAGCCUGCUGUAAACGGCAAAGAAGAAGCAGAAUGGCUUCAGGAGGAGAAUCCAAGAAUGAUGAUCUUUCCACUGCAAUUUUAAAGCAGAAGAACAGACCCAAUCGGCUGAUUGUUGAUGAGUCCAUAAAUGAGGACAACAGUGUGGUCUCCCUCUCCCAGGCUAAGAUGGACGAGCUGCAGCUCUUCAGAGGGGACACAGUGCUGCUGAAGGGGAAGAAGAGGAGGGAGACUGUGUGCAUCGUGCUUUCUGACGACACCUGCUCUGAUGAGAAAGUGCGCAUGAACAGAGUUGUCCGCAACAACCUCAGGGUUCGCCUGGGUGAUGUUAUAAGCAUUCAGCCCUGUCCGGAUGUGAAGUAUGGAAAGCGCAUUCAUGUUCUACCCAUCGAUGACACAGUGGAGGGCAUCACAGGCAACCUGUUUGAGGUUUACCUAAAGCCAUACUUUUUGGAAGCCUAUAGGCCGAUCAGGAAAGGUGAUAUUUUCCUGGUAAGAGGUGGGAUGCGAGCUGUCGAGUUCAAGGUGGUGGAAACGGACCCCAGCCCAUACUGUAUUGUGGCCCCAGACACAGUCAUCCACUGCGAGGGAGAGCCCAUCAAACGAGAGGAUGAGGAAGAAUCCCUCAAUGAAGUCGGCUAUGAUGACAUUGGGGGUGUGAGGAAGCAGCUGGCUCAAAUUAAGGAGAUGGUGGAAUUGCCCCUGCGUCAUCCUGCUCUCUUUAAGGCCAUCGGUGUCAAGCCCCCGCGUGGUAUCCUGCUGUAUGGGCCUCCGGGAACUGGGAAGACUCUUAUUGCCCGGGCUGUUGCAAAUGAGACUGGAGCUUUUUUCUUCCUUAUAAAUGGGCCUGAGAUUAUGAGUAAACUUGCUGGCGAAUCUGAGAGCAAUUUGAGAAAGGCGUUUGAAGAGGCUGAGAAAAAUGCCCCUGCCAUAAUCUUCAUCGAUGAGCUGGAUGCUAUUGCACCAAAAAGAGAGAAGACUCACGGAGAGGUGGAGAGGCGCAUUGUCUCUCAGCUGCUGACUUUGAUGGACGGGCUGAAGCAGAGGGCACACGUCAUUGUCAUGGCCGCCACCAACAGGCCCAACAGCAUCGACCCUGCACUCAGGCGAUUUGGCCGUUUUGACAGGGAAGUGGACAUUGGCAUUCCGGAUGCUACCGGGCGUCUUGAAAUCCUCCAGAUUCACACCAAGAACAUGAAGCUUGCUGAUGAUGUUGAUCUCGAGCAGGUUGCUAAUGAGACUCAUGGCCAUGUGGGUGCUGACCUGGCAGCCCUGUGCUCAGAAGCGGCCCUCCAGGCCAUCAGGAAGAAGAUGGACCUCAUUGACCUGGAGGAUGAGACCAUUGAUGCUGAAGUCAUGAACUCCUUGGCUGUCACCAUGGAUGACUUUAGGUGGGCACUUAGCCAGAGUAAUCCCUCAGCCCUCCGGGAGACGGUGGUGGAGGUACCCAACAUCACCUGGGAUGACAUUGGUGGACUUGAAGAUGUGAAGCGAGAACUGCAGGAACUUGUUCAGUAUCCAGUGGAGCACCCAGACAAAUUCUUGAAGUUUGGCAUGACCCCAUCCAAAGGGGUUCUGUUCUACGGACCACCUGGCUGUGGUAAAACGCUUCUGGCAAAGGCUAUUGCCAACGAAUGUCAGGCGAACUUCAUUUCCAUUAAAGGUCCGGAGCUGCUGACCAUGUGGUUUGGUGAAUCUGAAGCCAACGUGCGGGAGAUCUUCGAUAAGGCCCGUCAGGCCGCACCGUGUGUGCUCUUCUUCGAUGAGCUCGACUCCAUCGCGAAGGCCCGUGGUGGAAAUGUGGGCGAUGGCGGCGGGGCUGCCGACAGGGUCAUCAACCAGAUCCUGACUGAGAUGGACGGCAUGUCGAGCAAGAAGAACGUCUUCAUCAUUGGCGCCACCAACAGGCCAGACAUCAUUGACCCCGCCAUUCUCCGACCUGGCCGACUCGACCAGCUCAUCUACAUUCCCCUGCCAGAUGAGAAGUCCCGCAUGGCCAUUCUUAAAGCCAACCUCAGGAAGUCUCCCAUCUCAAAGGAUGUUGAUUUGGACUUCCUGGCCAAGAUGACCAAUGGCUUCUCUGGAGCUGACUUGACGGAGAUCUGCCAGCGAGCCUGCAAGCUGGCCAUCAGGGAGUCCAUAGAGAAUGAAAUCAGGCGGGAGCGCGAGAGGCAGACCAACCCUUCAGCCAUGGAGGUUGAGGAAGACGACCCGGUUCCUGAGAUUCGCAAAGACCACUUCGAAGAGGCCAUGCGUUUUGCCCGCCGCUCUGUCAGCGACAACGACAUCCGCAAAUAUGAGAUGUUCGCUCAGACACUGCAGCAGAGCAGGGGCUUUGGCAGCUUCAGGUUUCCGUCCAGUAACCAAGGUGGAAGUGGACCAAGCCAGGGCUCUACUGGUGGCAGUGGGGGCAACAUCUUCAACGAGGACAACGAUGACGACCUCUAUGGUUAAACUGGGUGGCAGGCAUCCUCACGGUGCUUCAAAUCAAUCCAUCCAACUUGGGCAGAAAUGUACAAAACCUACCAACAAAAUUCCAUAUUUACAGACUUUAUGCUUCUGAAGUGUUUAUUUUUUAAAAUGUACCAAUUUUUCUCCCCUUCUGCUUCGGAGAAAGCAUGUAGCCUUCUGUUUGUCCUUGUUCUGGUUUGUAAAGGGAUCUUCCUGGCAGCACUGGUCAUUGGCUCACAGGGGAUGGACAUAAUGUGUGGUUACAUGUGCAAAGUAGUGGCUUUGACCUUAAAUUUACAGCAUUUGGUGUGCAGUUGUAGUAAUGGGCUCAGCAAAUAGCAAGUAAGAGCAGAAAGGAACCUGCUGAUGACGUUUUUUAUGGAAGCACUGCAUAAUGUAUUACAGGUUUGAGAAAUAAAUUAAGUUGUCAUAGUG